UAGAAACGAUUAAUUAAUUCAAAUCGUUACGCCCAACCGAAUUUAAUACAACAGUCGUGGCUAACGAAAAAUAAUAAUUUAUUAAUAUUUAUUACAAUAUCGUGGUACAACAACACUCUCGUCGUAGCCGCGGUUGUUGUUGUCGAAUGAUAACGGGAAGAGAGAGCGCGCGCGGGGCCCGGCCUGUUGAUCGCGGCGGCGGCGGCGGAGGCGGCUGACGAUAACACGAGUCGCACAUUAUUAUUAUUUCAACGACGACGACCGUCGCGUCGAGUCGAUCCGAAUCCGAACCCGACCGCAUGCUGUCCGCGCCCCCGCCCCUCUCCCCCGUCGCAUCCCGCACAGCUUCAGCAGCCGCCGCCGUCGCCUCUCGUUCGGACCGUUCGGUAUCGAUUUUCCGUCCGAUACUCCGCGUCGGCGAAUAGCGAUAGAUUUCGGCGCGGCCGCACAGCCCACCGACCGACCGGCCAGAGUCGUCACUCGUCACUCGCCGUUCGUAACGCUUUCGCGCGCGCCGCCGUCGUCGUCGCCGCCGCCGUCACAUUCGCCUUCAAGUGUCUAGCCGCGACCACGUUUCGCCGCCACAUGGAACACCACAUCAUAGGGUCGUCGUCGUCCAGCGACGACGACUCGGCGCCCGCCGUCAUCAUGCCGCCGCCGCCUCGCCGGCACAUCAUCCACCGCAACGAGGACGACAUCAUCGACCUGGACGAGAUCAUCGAAAUCGACGACGUCGACGACGGCAUCGCCGAGCACCACCGCCGCCGCCGCCGCAACAAUCACAAUCGCCGUCAGCAGCGUCUCGCCGACCAGCCGACCGUCAACGAAGCGGACCGCGUCCACGGCGGCAUCAUGCGCCUGGUGGACCACGCAGCGGCGGCCAUCGCCAACGACCGCGGCGCCGGGGAGGACUCGGCCGUCGCGUCCGGCAUCUGCGACCCGAACAGGGUGCGCAACUACAAGGACAUGUUCAAGUACGCCACCGACCUGUCAGACGGGGUGCCCAUGACCAUUCACCAAGAGAUCGACGCGCUUACGUUCACCGAGGAAAGAAAGAAAUUUUUAUCAAAUGUUCUGUCAACCAUGUCUGUCAAUGUACAUGAGGAAAUGAACAAUUCUAUUAACAUUUUGUUCGAUAAUAACAAACAAGUGGAUGAACAUGAAUUUGCGUUUGAUGUUAUUGCAGAAUAUGUUGACAAUAUUGAUUAUGCUAAUGAUUUUGAAAAGCUUGGCGGUUUUCAUAUCUUUUUACCGUGUAUCCGUUCUGAGCAUCCAUCCGUGCGCAUUAAGACAUGCGAAUUGAUUACUACACUGGUUCAAAAUAAUCCAUACUGUCAGGAAAAGUUUAUGGAAAAUACUAACUACCUGAAAGCAUUGAUGUCUAUGGUGGAAAACGAUCUGAACGAUGAAGUGCGCGUCAAAGCACUAGCUGCGAUUUCCAGUCUGGUUCGUCAUAAUGUAACUGUGUUUUGGCAAUUCAUUGAACACGGAGGUAAAGAUUUAAUCAUCAAUUCAUUGAAAACACCAAUUGAUAAAUUGAAGAUUAAAGCAGUAUUCAUCAUUUGCUCAACUUGUCAUAUGGGUAACGAUGUAGCGGAAAUGUAUGUUGAUAAUGGUGUCGUUGAAAUUAUAACUUCGAUAAUCAUGGGCAUGGAAAAAAAUGUUGAACCAUUUCAUCAUGAGUUGUUUUUAUCGACAUUGAAUCAACUGCUCCGUAUGUCACCAGUCAGAGUGAAAGAAAUAUGCGCUUCCUUGGAUGAUUUCAAGCUAGCAUUGACAUCAUUGCGAGAUUCAUAUUCAAAUGAAUCAAGAUAUCAGGAUGAAAAGGAUCAAAUUUUGUGGUUGAUGGAAACUCUAACAUUGUGAAGAGGUUCAGCGGCAUAUUUCAUUUUACUUACUUUAUUACAAUAUAUAAUGUUUUCAUAUCUGUAAUUGCUUUUAAAAGAAAUUAAAUUAUGGUUGAAUACGCUAUUAAUUUAACUUUGUUUAAUUUUUUUUUAGAAUAAUGUAUGCAUAUAUAUUAUUCUUCUAUGAAUGUUGAAUACUGCAUUCAUACUAUUCAGAUGGAUGUAAUGAGUGUGUACUGAUAAGAUGUUUAAUGUUUGUGUGAAAUUGAUGUAUUUGUUGCGGACAAUGAAAUAAGUAACUAACUAAUUAAGAAAAUUACCUUAGAUUGAAAUUUAUUUCACAAAUGUAUGUUAUUUUUCAACAAUUCAAAUGUUAGUUUAAAUUUUCCAUCAAUCUAAGAACAUAAUUAAAAUGUACAAAUAUUUUACAUUAUUUCUGAAAGAAAAGUAAUGAAUCUGGCAUUAUAUUAAUUAGACCUGCCAAAACUUUCUAUAAAAAUGUUCAGUCAACU